GCGGCGGCGGCGGCGGCGGAGACUCGGAGGAAGAUGUCGGGCUGCGAGGCUCGCGACGCCAAGAAGCUGGUGCGCUCCCUCAGCGGGCUGCGCAUGGUGCCCGAGCACCGCUCCGCCCGCAGCCCCUUCGGCCUGGACGAGCCGCCCUGGGUGCCCGACAAAGAGUGCCCGAGAUGUAUGCAGUGCGAUACAAAAUUUGACUUCAUCACUAGAAAGCAUCACUGCCGAAGAUGUGGAAAGUGCUUCUGUGACAAGUGCUGCAGUAAAAAAGUGCCUCUGCCUCGCAUGUGCUUUGUGGACCCUGUGCGCCAGUGUGCUGAAUGUGCCCUCAUCUCACAGAAAGAAACAGAGUUCUAUGACAAACAGCUCAAAGUGCUCAUGAAUGGUGCGACGUUCUUUGUAACUCUGGGGACGUCGGACAAAUCGGAGCUCAUGGUCUGUCGGCUCUCCAACAAUCAGAGAUACCUGGUUUUGGAUGGAGACAGCCAUUACGAGAUUGAAAUUGUACAAAUCUCAACUGUUCAGAUACUGACAGAGGGAUUUACUCCUGGAGGAGGCAAUACCCGUGCCAUAGGUAUGAUUCUGCAGUAUAAAGUACCAGGAGCAGAGGAGCUCACACAGAUGAAAUUUACGGCCAGUGAAGACUUCAGCUCUAACAAGAAGCUGUCAGCAAGCUGGCUGGCAGCUAUGCACAAGGCAACAAAACUUCUUUAUGAGUCUCGGGACCAGUAAGAAAUGAGCAAACUGCUUGGGAGCAGACACCAGCCUCAGAGGACCUGCAUCUCACCUUGUGCUAGUCUGACAACUGGUUAACACUUUCUCUUGACUUUUUCUCAUUCCAGUGUGGUUCAUUAUGUAAGAACUGGCACAUACAAUGUAUUUCUGUUUUGAACCAUGAGUAUUCACUAUAGCGUGCAAUAUGUAUACAAUUAAUGCUUUAAACAGUCUCACCUUUUAAGACUUUGUAUAUUUUGUUAAACCUUUAUUGCCUUUAUUGGCACUUAAUAUGAAAUACGAAAGUGACCUGCACUACAGCUAAUGUACAGCACAACUUUUGUAGUAACAAUUAUAUAUACUGUUUGCCACAGAAAGCAAACAAAGGUGUAUGUCUCUUCUGCAGAGAAUAGCUUUUGGGUAUAGAUCUCAGGUUUUUCCCUCUAUCCAAAUGUUUAAAAUCAAUGUACAAUAAAAUCUGCCUUAGAUGUGGUUUCAUAGAAUCCAAUGGAUUUUUUUCUUAAGGUAUUUCACCAAAUAUCACCAAAUUGGAAUUACAUGAUCUUGAAACUUCCCUUCUGUAAUAACAAAGCUUCCAGAAUAAUUUUCAGUUUUGUAUUUUCUUUUUGGAAACUAGCUUUUGUUAAUCUAACUGUAAUGCUGUCUGGAAUUGUAUACAUUUUACUGUACAAAUAUGAAUAAAUUAAUUCACUUAUUUAAA